CUUUUUUAUAUAUAGCAUCACCAUCUCACAACCUCAUCCUUAUCUCUUUUUCUCUUACUACCACUCAAUCACUCUCUUACGCUUAUACUCUUUCUCUCCUUUUGGUCUAAAUUCAUUUCCUCUUUCUGUGUGACUGUUAUACUCUCCCACUCUCUCUCUCUCUCUCUGUUUUUCUCUGGUCUAAAUUCAUUUACGGUUUGUGUACGUGUAUCUCUCUGUCUGUCUCUCUCUCUCUUUCCAUUCAUUACGUACACGCACACACCUACAUAUAUAAACAGUCACUUUCUUUCUCUCUUUCCCUCUCUUUCCUCGAAACACUCGCAGUUUACAUAUACUAUAUAUCCAAGCAGGCGUGCGCGCAUUCACCUCUACUUCAUUACUAACGACUAGGACAUCUUUGCAUAUACACACCAAACCACACAUACAUAUAUCGCUAAAACCUUUUUCCCAGUGACCAACCAAAAUCAAAACAAUACUAACCACCACCAACAACAACUAAAACACCUAUAAUUACAACCACAACAAGCUUACAAUAAAGUAACUACUAUUAUCCAUUACUUGUUACUUGUCAUCGUAGCCACUGUUGCUAGUUUGGAGAAAUUUUAGUGUGAAAAAAAAGUCAAAACACAGAACGAACAAAAAAUCAGCAACAUGGGUCUCGGAGGAUGUUAUACUUGCAUCAAAUAUUUGAUGUUUGCAUUCAACUUCAUUUUCUGGUUGUUGGGAUGUGCCAUCCUUGGUGUUGGAAUAUGGAUCCGCAUCGAUCCGACGUUUCAAAUGUACGUUGAUGAUAACUUCAACCUUCCAUAUUUGGGUGCCUAUAUUCUUAUAGGCGUUGGUGUUCUGAUGAUGAUAAUAGGAUUUGUUGGUUGCUGUGGCGCUAUCCGUAAGAGCCAGUGUCUUCUUGCCUCGUUUUUCAUAUGCCUCUUCAUCAUUUUUGCCAUCCUCCUUGGUGCUGGAAUCUUCGCCAUUAUCUCAAAGUCAAAUAUGGGUGGCCUUGUCGAGGACAUGUUGGACAAUGCUGUUGAAAAAUACGACACAAAUAAGGCAUCACAGAUUCUUAUGGACAGUGUACAAAAGGACUUCAACUGCUGUGGAUCUACCCAUGGUAAAAUUGAUUACGGUGAUACUAGUCCACACGUCAAGACUUGCGUUCGGGAUUAUUAUGAUAUUCCGUGCAAAGACAAGCUGACCGAGUUCUUCACAGACUACAUGGUAAUCAUUGCAGGUGUUGCCAUUGGUAUUGCCAUCGUCAUGAUUCUGGGAAUGAUAUUCUCAAUGAUACUUUGCUGUUCACUUCGAGAAGUAGCAUAAAUGCCAGGACUAAUUUGCUGCUCCUCUUCUUUGUAACUGUUUCCAACUGGUCUGUUGUGUUUUCUUUGCUAAGAAUAUAAAGGAAAAAGAAAAAGAAAAAAAGCUUAAGAUUUUUUUUUUACAAAAAAAAAUUUAAAAAGAAAGUAAGAAAGAAGAAAAUAUGAAGAAAGAACCUACUGCAACAACUAUAGCCACUUGAACAACAAAAACUACAAACAACAGCUUGUCAUAUAUAAAUAACAACAUCAUUGUUGAUGACAUUUCUUGUGGUUUUUUUUUUUUUUAUUUAUUUGUUUAAUUUUUUGUUUAAAUUGCAAAUUCAUGCAAUGUUGUGUCCAGUAAUAAUUAUAAGAAAUGGAAUGACUCCGAAAGAACUUUUUUUUACUCCUUUUUUUGUUUUUUUUUUACAAUUACGAAUUAUAUGUUUUUAUAAUCAACCAAAUGAAUUACUAUAGCGUAAAUAAAUAAAAUAAAAUAAAAUAAAUAAAUAAAUAAAUAAACUGAAAAUGACAAGCAGGAAAGAAAUUUCUAAUUUUUAAAUAUUAUUAAACUGUAGUCGAUACCUUCGCCCUCUCACAUGGUUGGUUUAAGGCCUCAAAUGCUAAAACCACACAAGCAUAUUUUGAUAGAGAUCCAUGCAUUAAACAUGGAACUCGUAACCAAUGUACAUCAUGCAGACAUGCAGAAAUAUUGUUAUUCAACAGCAACUGACAUAGUGAUAUAGUAAUAUUGCUAUUUAGCAACACAAAUAGAUUUUAGUUAGCAACAAAAUAAAAUUGCUUUGCCGACCAACACAGUUUCGCUGCUUAGCAAUACAAUUCCAUGACAACUUAACAAUAGAUAAUAAAAGAACACAAAAACUAUACAGUUUUCAGCACAAAACAAUUUGUUGCUAUACAACAUAGAGUUCUUUCAGUAGCAACAUAGGUCCAGCCACACGUUUAGCAACAUAAAAAGCUAUUUACUUAGUAAUCGGAACAAGAAGCAUAUGGUUAGCAAUAGAAACGGUUUUGGUGCCUUGUAGCACAGUCCUAUCAGUUAACAACACAAAAUCCCAUUUGCCUAGCAACGCAACUUCUUGCUUAGCAUUACAGUUCCAUGACAACUUAGAAAUGGUCUCAAGAAACCUAUGGUUAGCACCAAGAAAAAACAUUUUGUUCUCAACCAGCUCAGUGUUCUUUCUACUUAGCCACUCAACAACAUAAAGCUAUUCAUUUUGCUUAGCAAGCAAAGACACAGUUCAUUCAAAACAUUAGCAACGUUGAGUCCUUUGCUGCCCUCCACCACCACUACCACUGCCACCACCACCACCACCACUACUACCACCACCUGGCUCAACUAAUCCUAGAUUCUUUUGGGUAACGGCCCUUCUCAAGACAUCAAGAUUGCUAUUUUUAUUUUUAAUCAUUUAGCAUUCGGGUUAUUCUAUCAAAUAUAAUGUUUAUCUAUUUGCAUUCAUAUGAAUUUAUCAUACAUUAUCUCAUACCUUUGAGACUUCACUGAUGUGAUUGUUUAUUUUUAGAAUGACAUUGUAGGGUAGGUGCAAGAGGCUGGAUCUGGCCACUUUUAACAUAAAACUGGUAGGAAAUUUUAAGCCAAAUAUGGCUGUAUUAAAAGCUAAAGGAUUAAAAGGGCAGUGGAUUGACAGAAUCGUUCAAGCACCAGAAAAAAUGCCUUGUAGUAUUUGUUCUACUGUUUCUGAGUUCGAAUCCCACUGAGGUCAACUUUAUUUUUCAUCCUUUGAGGUGAAUGAAAUAAAGAACCAGUCAAGUACUGAAGUCAGUGUAACCAAUUAACUGCCCUUCCCCUCAAAAUUGCUGAUUUGGGGCCUAAAUUGAAGUGGCAGCGUCAUAGCGAAUGAGCGUUAUCUGAGGCAUGGUUACUGAUAGUUACUGCUAGUUGAAAAUUAUUACUAUUGUUAUUAUUAUUAAUUAUUAUUAUUAUUAUUAUUAUUAUUAUUAUUGUUAUUAUUAAGGCAGUGAGCUGGCAGAAUUGUUAGCACGCCAGGCAAAAAUGCUCAGCAGCAUGAUGUCCAUCUUUGCAUUCUGAGUUCAAACUCUACCAAGGUCAGCUUUGCCUUUCAUCUUUGCAGGGUUGAUGAAAUAAAGUACCAGUCAAGCAUUGCAGCCAGCAGUGUAAUCGACUAAUCUCUUCCCCUAAAAUCUCAGGCCUCGUGCCUACAUUAAAAAAAGGAUCAUUAUUAUUAUUACUAUUAUUAUUAUUAUUAUUAUUAUUAUUAUUAUUAUUAUUAUUACUAUUAUUAUUUUAACUCAGGUUUUGUUGGAACUCCUGGAGUCUUAUAUGAGUAACAGUCUUGCUACCAUCAGCCUGAGGUACCAUGCUAUCUGUUCUCUUCAAUUAUCCAAUACUUUCCCCGAUUAUUAUAAUUAUUAUUAUUAUUAUUAUUAUUAUUAUUAUUAUUAUUAUUAUUAUCAUUAUUAUUAUUGUUGGGGUCGAUGUGAUUGACUCAUCACCUUCUCCCAAAUUUCAGGCGUUGCGCCCACAGUAGAAAGGAUUAUUAUUAUUGUUGUUGUUGUUGUUAAAGCUGCAAGCUGGUAGAACUGUUAGUGUAUCAGAUAAAAUGGUUAGUGGCAUUUCUUUUUUUUUUUUUUUUUUUUUUUUUUUUUUUUUUUUUUUUUUUUUUUUUUUUGCAUUCUGAGUUCAAAUCCCACGCAGUUAACCUAGCCUUUCAUCCUUCCAAAAUCAAUAAAAUAAAGUACUCUGCUAGCAUUAGGGUCAAUGGUAUCGACUAAAACCCUCCCCUCAAAAAUACUGGCCCCUGUGCCUAAAUCAGAAACCAUUAAUAUUAUUAUUAUUAUUAUUAUUAUUAUUAUUUAUGUUUUGGCUUUGCUUUAAUUUAUACAAGCUGUACCCAGGUCACAACCAGAGAUGUCAUCAUCACCAUCAUCAUCAUUAUUAUUGUUAUUGUUGUAAUUAUUAUUAUUAUUAUUAUUAUUAUUAUUAUUAUUAUUAUUAUUAUUAUUAUUAUUAUUAUUAUCAUUAUUAUAAGACGGUGAGCUGGCAGAAUUGUUAGCACACCAGGCAAAAUGCUUAGCGGUAUUUUGUCUGCAGCUAUGUUCUGAGUUCAAAUUCCACUGAGGUUGACUUUGCCUAUCAUCCUUUCAGGGUCGAUUAAAGAAGUACCAGUUACGCACUGGGGUUGAUGUAAUCAACUUAAUCCCCACCACCAAGCUACCCUUGUGGCAAAAAUUUGAAAUCAUUAUUAUUAUUACUAUUAUUGUUGUUGUUAUUAUUAUUAUUGGUUGACCAGUCAGUCUCCUUAUGCAAGAACAGGCAGCUGGUCUUCCUCUGCUCAGUGGCUAUGGUGAGCGAAGUAGUGACAUGUGAGUGGUUCAAAGUUCUAGGAAUGGGGUUUUUCCUUUCUGGCUAAGCCCUCAUCAGCUUUUUCAAGGACCACUUGAAGAGAGCAGUGGGAGUGGAGAAAGAAAGAGAGAGGCGCUGCCCUCUACUAUGAUUUAAGAAAGAUGGGUAAGAAUAGUGAUUUUGAUAAGUCUAAAAUGGUUAUACUCUGAUUAUGCAAUUGUAAACAGGAUACAAGAACCCAGGAGAGGGCAUUUUGAUGUCUUUGGUACAUCAGAGCAAACCACACUUUGAGUAGGGUUUUUCCCUGAAUUAAUUUCAGUGGUUUCAUCUCCCUUCUGGGGGAACUUUCCUUGUUGACAUUAUAUUUUUAUCUAUUGCUUCUGUUGACUUCACUUUCUUAUCAUUUAAUGUAAGCCCUCACCAUGUUUCUUGUCGUUGUAUGGUUUCUAAUGUCUUGGGCCCCAACAGCUAAUAAAAAUGUAAUUUACUACUACUACUAUUAUUAUUAUUAUUAUUAUUAAAGAUUAAUUAUAAACAACAAAAGCAGUAUUAAUACCAAAAAGUAAUCUUUGUAUCAAACUCAACAUGGCCAUCUUGUUAGACCAUCAAAUACUGCAUUAGUCUUCAGGGAUCUUUUCAUUUUGGAGCUUGGUUCAUAAAAGCACACACAUAGAUUGAGGUAAAAUGAAUUUCAUCUGUCAUGGGUGCUGGAAUUCCCAUAUCAUGUGACUUUGGUCUAUUAUUAUUAUUAUUAUUAUCAUCAUCAUUAAUGAAGGUGGAGAGCUGGCGGAGUCGUUAGCACAGUGGACGAAAUGCCCAGCAGUAUUUCGCCCAUCGCUACAUUCUGAGAUCAAAUUCUGCUGAGGUUGACUUUGCCUUUCAUCCUUUUGGGGGUCGAUAAAAUAAGUACCAGUUGUGCACUGGGGUUGAUGUAAUCGUCUUAACCCCAUUCCCCAAAACUGCUGCCCUUGUGGCAAAAUUUGAAACCAUUAUCAUUAUUAUUAUUAUUAUUAUUAUUAUCAUUAUUAUUAUUAUGGCAGUGAGCUGGCAGAACCGUUAGCAUGCUGGACAAAAUGCUUAGUGGCAUUUCACCCGUUGCUACAUUCUGAGUUCAAAUUCUGCCGAGGUUGACUUUGCCUUUCAUCCUUUCGGGGUCAAUAAAUUAAGUACCAGUGAAACACUGGGUCGAUGUAAUGGAUUGAUCCCCUCCCACAAAUUUCAGGCCUUGCGCCUUUAGUAGAAAGGAUUAUUAUUAUUAUUAUUAUUAUGAAACAGAGGGUGGCAAAUCUUGCCAACAUCAAUUUUGCCUUUUGUUUCUUUUAGGGUCAAUAAAUUAAAGUAACAGUUAAACAUUGGGGUCAGUGUAAUUGACUAACUCCCUUCUUCCCCACAUUUUGGACCCCAUGCCAAAAUUUGAAAUGGUUAUUACCUGAAUGUAGGACAAUAGCAGAAUUAUUAAUAUUUUAGAAAAAAUGCAGUAUUUGUUCCAUCUCUUCAUAUACUAAGUUCAAGCCCAGCUGAGGUCAACUUUACCCAUUUUUUUUUUUCCAGGUUUGCAAAAAUAAAGUAUCGGUCAAGUUAAAGGGUCAGUAAAAUCGACCCUUCCUUCUCCCUAAAUUUUUGGUUUUGUUAUAAAUUAUUAUUAUUAUUAUUAUUAUUAUCAAAAAUAAUUAUAACUGAUAUCUGGAAGUUAUAUCUGUGUUUUGCAAUCUCAUUUCUAAUCCCUUCGAGAUUAACUUUGGUUUUAAUCCCUCUGAAGUCAAUCAAAUAAGAUACUAGUAAAGUUGUGGAAUUAGUAGUAUCAACUAACUCCCUUUCACUUAACAUUGCUGGGUUUGCACCUAAAUUUGAACCAACUCUGUGGACAUUGAUAAAUGAGUUCUAGCCAGGUUACUGUACCACAUGGGCCAUAUUUGUCCAUUUCAAGAUUUUACCUUGGGUGGUUAAGAAGUUUGCUCCAUGAUCAUGUGGUUCCAGUUUCAAACCUGCAUGAUACCUUGGGCAAAUAUCUUCUACCAUACCCUUGGGUAAACCAGCAUCUUGUUUUAUAUAUAUAGAUGUAUUAAACAUGUAUGUGUAUGUGUAUAUAUAUGUAUAUUUUAUUUGUGGAUUCAUAUAGAAAAAAUUUCCACAAUGUUUAAGUGAUCUAGACAAUUACCAGCAUUUUUAAGUGGAUUGCUUGAAAAUUGUGGGGAAAUCUUUCCACAUGAAACCAUUGGUAGUAUUGUUAGUCCACAAAUAUUCAUCCACUAAAUAUGGUGUUGACCACUCAUCUUCACUGUUCAAUACUAUCUUCUAUAUAUAUAUAUAUAUAUAUAUAUAUAUAUAUAUGUGUGAAUAUACAUACAUACAUACAUACAUACAUACAUACAUACAUACAUACAUGUAAAUAAGUGAGUAUCUUUUGCUGGUGUAUAUGAUCAAGAAAAGUAAAACAAUUGGUAUCCUGUGGGCAAAGUCCCCCUGUGAUAUUUGCUAUGCACUGAGUUACAGAUACUCCCUUGUCAUUCUUGCUAUUAUAAACCUGUAAUCCAUGGCAUCAUUAUUUUCCAAAUCAGAUUUAAAGCACUCACACAUAAAAAAAAAAAUUCAAACCCACCUCAAUAUGAAAAUUUUGCCUUAUGCUUCAUUGAAAGAAAUCAUUAUUAGUUGAAUAUUCUAAGGAAAUCUUCCAGAAGCCAAGUUAUUGAUGUUGUUGUUGUUGCUGUUAUGUUAUUGUUGUUGUUGUUGUUUAACCCUGGGUUAACCCUGACUGAAUAGGCCUACGAUCAGAGUCAUUCCAGCUGUGACCAUUUUGUACUUUUAAGGUUUUUUAUAUUUGAACUGCGUUGUCUAAUAUGAUUAUUCCUUACUUCAGACAAUAAACAGGAAUCAUUUGAAGCAGA